AUGCGGAGCGGAGUGAUGGCAUUGGAUUUACAGACAGAGCCAGAGCCAGUGCCAGUGCCAGUGCCAGUGCCAGUGCCAGUGCCAGUGCCAGUGCCAGUGCCAGUGCCAGUGCCAGUGCCAGUGCCAGUGCCAGUGCUAGUGCGCCCGCCUAAGUACCUAACCUCUAUUGACAUUGCCCUGACGAAUUUCGCCAUCUGCCGGCCGAACAUCAAAGCCACCAUGGAGGAUGAGCCAAGCCACGUCAAGAUUCAUUGGUACAUCUCCGUGGAAUGGACCAUGCAGGGAGUUGGAAUACGCAUGCCCGGAGAGAUUGAUGAAAGCGACUGCCACGUCUCUACAGAACUCUGCACGUUCCGGCCUCGAGAGAUGAAGCUUUACCAUUGA